UGUAGUUAAAAAAAAACGAAUUUAAAUUCAAUUCCUAGUGUGUUGAAAAACCUCACUUCUUUGUCAGGAACAAUGGGCGAUUCGACAACGUUGGCCAAUGCGGGACCUCGUGUUGUAACCAUUUAUAAGACGGAAACGGGUUUCGGUUUUAAUGUACGUGGUCAAGUGUCCGAAGGUGGUCAAUUACGUUCCAUUAAUGGUGAACUAUACGCCCCUCUACAGCAUGUCAGUGCCGUUUUGGAAAAUGGAGCCGCCGAAAAGGCAGGCAUUAAGAAAGGCGAUCGCAUUUUAGAAGUAAAUGGUAUUAGUGUUGAGGGUGCCACACAUAAACAAGUUGUUGAUCUCAUUAAAUCUGGUGGUGAUUGUUUAACAUUAACCGUUAUAUCAGUAACACAACAAGAAGCAGAAAGACUUGAACCUCAAGAAGAUCAAAGUGGUUAUUCGUAUAUUGAUUAUUCAGACAAACGAUCAUUGCCAAUAAGUAUUCCUGACUACAGCAUCAUCAAUCGUAAUGGUGAGCGUUAUAUUGUAUUUAAUAUUCAUAUGGCCGGACGCCAGCUGUGCUCGCGUCGCUACCGUGAAUUCUCCAACUUACACUCCAUUCUUCGCAAAGAGUUUACCGGUUUCAAUUUUCCCAAAUUGCCCGGCAAAUGGCCCUUUCAAUUGAGCGAACAGCAAUUGGACACACGACGACGCGGUCUCGAACAGUACUUGGAGAAAGUGUGCGCCGUACGUGUUAUAGCCGAAAGUGAUGCGGUCCAAGACUUCCUAACCGAUUCCGAAGAUGAUAUUUCUGCCUCGCCCGUUGACAUUAAAGUCAUGUUGCCCGAUCAUGAGGUCACCACCGUGUCGGUGAAAAAAUCCGCAAAUGCUCAAGUGGUAUGGGAGAUAUUAGUACAACGCGCCAAUUUCACUUCCUAUACCCAGCAGUAUUUCUAUCUGUUCGAAAUUGUCGAAUAUAAUUUCGAGCGUAAGCUGCAGCCCCACGAAAUUCCCCAUCAGUUGUAUGUUCAGAACUAUAGCACGGCCUCGAGUACAUGUCUGUGUGUUAGGAGAUGGCUGUUUUCGGUGUCGCGUGAACUGACCUUGCCGCAGGGAGAACAGGCAGCUAAAUUUAUAUUCUAUCAGGCCGUGGAUGAGGUAAAUCGUGGCAAUAUACGGGCCGAGGGUCGUCUGUAUGAAUUGAAAGCUCUACAGGAUGCUAAAAAGGCGUCAGAGUAUUUGGCAUUGGCACGCACAUUGCCGGGUUAUGGUGAUGUGGUAUUUCCUCACUGUGCUUGCGACAGUCGUAAGGAGGGUCAUGUGGUGCCAGCAGUGGGCAUGAAAAGUUUUCGUUUGCAUGCUUGUCGUGAAGACGGCUCAUUAGAAGCCCAAAUGGUGGAGUUAACUUGGGAUAGCAUAACACGCUGGGAGAGUGAUGAUGAGUCUAUGUCAUUCUGUUUCCAAUAUAAUCGACCCGACAAACCAGCCAGAUGGGUUAAGGUUUACACACCUUAUCACGCUUUCCUUUCCGAUUGUUAUGAUCGCAUAAUGGAAGAACGCAAAUGGGAAGAUGCUGGCGAUUAACAAUUACAACAACGUUAUUAGAUUUUAAUUUAGUUUGUAAUAAAAACACACCCCCUCACUUAAAAUUAUGUUUAAAAUUUAACAAAAAAUCGUUUGCAAAAGUUACAAACAAACAAAAAAAUCUUUAUAAUUUUGUAAAUUAUUUAAACACUUGAAAAUAAAACAUGAUUUAUUUUCUAAUUGUAUUUAGUAUCUAUUGCAUAUGAAACAAAUUUAUUUAUCUAUAUUAUUAUUAUAAUUAUAUUAUAUUAUUAUGCAUACACUUAUUUUACAACUGUAUAUUUUUCUUAUACUUAUUACUACAUCAAUUUAGUUAGCAUUCGUGAUAAUUUUGAGCGAAAUUAUUUAGCGAGUAUUUUAGAAAAUUUAAACUGAAUUCCACAAGAUUUAAAAUCAUUCUUUAAAGUUUUCAAUUAUGUAUUAUUGUUGAUAUUUUUGUUUUAUUUAAAAAAAUAUCCAAUAUUGAUUUAAAUUUUUAUAUGUAUGUAUUUUGUUUAUAAAUACAUCUAUCUAAAUGGUUUUCUUUUCUUUUUUUUGUAUUAUUUAUGGCAAAAUUAUAUAAUCAUUAUGUAUUUAAGCUGACCAUUUAUAUAUUAGACUUAAUAAACGCCAUUCUGAUCAAAAACUAUUUCUUUAACAAAAAAUAUAUAUUUAAAUAAAAUCAGACAUACAUAUUUUCUUUGUAUUCAACAUAUAUAUUUAA